AUGUGCAAGUCACCCAUCCAUGUCUUUCUACAAGCUCUUCCAAAAUGCGAGCAUCACAUCCAUCUAGAGGGCGCCCUGACGCCAUCCCUUCUAUUCGAGCUUGCCGCUCGUAACAAUACCACCCUCCCGGCCGAUGACCAUGCCUUUUUAUCAGCCGAAUCGCUCCGCCUCCGCUAUGACCACUUCACAUCCCUAGACGACUUCCUCAACUACUACUACAUCGGCAUGUCCGUCCUCAUCCACUCCUCUGACUUCGAGGCCCUCGCGUGGUCCUACUUCCAGCGCGCCGCCGCCGACGGCGUCCACCACGCCGAAGUUUUCUUCGACCCGCAGGCGCACACAUCCCGCGGCGUUGCGUACUCGACCGUCUUGUCCGGCUUCACCAUCGCGCGAGACCGGGCGUGUAAGGAGCUAGGAAUGAGCACGGAACUGAUCUGCUGCUUCCUGCGCCACCUGCCGCCCGCAGAUUGCCUGGUCACCUUCAACCAGGCCGAACUGCAGGAGAGCUUUGAGCACGGAGCAGUCGCGGGUAUUGGCCUUGACUCCAGCGAGCUGGAUUUCCCGCCACAGCUCUUUGGCGAGUUGUACCGCAAAGCCGGAGAGCAAGGUCUGCGGCGCACUGCGCACGCUGGCGAAGAAGGCCCGGCGGCAUACAUCGCCAAUGCCAUCGAUACGCUUGGAGUCGAGCGUAUCGAUCACGGCAUCAAGCUUGCUGAAGACGGCGAGCUGAUGAGGAGAGUGGCGGAGAGCGGUAUUAUGCUAACGACUUGUCCGCUCAGUAAUGUGCUACUGCGGUGCGUUAAGUCCGUAGCUGAAGUGCCCAUUCGGAGGUUCUUGGAUGCGGGAGUCAGGUUCAGCAUCAAUAGUGAUGACCCGGCAUAUUUCGGCGGUUACAUUCUAGAUAACUACUGUGCUGUGCAGGAGGCGCAUAACUUGAGUGUGGCGGAGUGGGAGAGUAUAUGUCGAGCGAGUAUUGAGGGGAGCUGGUGUGAGCAAGAUAGGAAAGACGAAUUGUUGCAGGCUUUGCAGCGGGUUAUGCAUGAUUGGACAGGUAGACCCUUGGUUUGA